AUGGGAGAGCCUGGCAAAGAGUUUGGUGGGACUCCUGGCAAUAUUGGCUUGAUGAUCUUCUCUCAUGUAUUGCCGUUUUAUUUUUGUUUAUCGUUAAAAUACUCAUCGGGUGGUAUUUAUUGGCCAUCGUCAUUUGCCGAUUUCUUUAUCGAUUUUAAAAAUUGCUGUACUCCGACUAUUACGGCAUUUUUAGUUUAUAUAGGAUUUUUUCUUAUUCAACUAUUUUUUGCUGCUUUUCUUCCCGGAUUAAAAGUUAAAGGAUUGCCUGUUCCAACAGAAAACAACUUUCAAUAUUCAUACAAUUGCAAUGCACUAUAUAGUUGGUAUUUAUCGCUAAUUUUAGCAGCCGUCGUUCAUAUAACUGGUAUAUUUCCAUUAACAUAUUUAGCAAACAAUUUUGGGUCGAUUCUUUGUUGUUCAGUUAUAUUCAGUGAUAUUUUAUCGGUUAUCAUUCAUUUUUAUGCUUUAAAAACAAAUCAAACAUGUCGAAUGUCAAAUGAGUUUAUUUACGAUUUUUUUAUGGGUGUUUGGUUAAAUCCAUCCAUUUGGAUUGCGAAUAGACGUGUGGACUUAAAAAUGUUUGCUGAAGUACGUUUAUCGUGGUUGUUAUUAUUCUUUCUCAUUAUGUCAGCUGCAGUGAAACAGUACGAAUUAUACGGUUAUAUUAGUUUACCAAUGAUAUUUCUGUUAACAGCCCAAUUUUUAUACGUGAACGCCAUUAUGAAAGGAGAAGAGUGUAUUGUUACCACCUGGGAUAUUUUUUACGAAAAAUGGGGUUGGAUGUUGAUUUAUUGGAAUCUAGCUGGUGUGCCGUUUGUUUAUGCAUUUCAUGCUUAUUACAUAUUAGAAAAUAGUAAAGAAAAUCAACAGAAUUCAUCAGUUCCAUUCAUAUUAUUGUUGUUUAUUAUUCUAUUUGGCGCUUACUAUAUUUGGGAUAGUGCACAAAGUCAAAAAAAUCGCUUUCGUGCAAAACAGCGUGGCAUAUAUGUUGCAAGAAAUACAUUUCCACAACUUCCAUAUGGAACAUUGGAUAAUCCAAAAUAUUUGAAAACUCAAGCAGGAGACUCGUUAUUGAUUGAUGGUUGGUGGAAGUAUGCAAGAAAGAUACAUUAUACGGCAGAUAUUUGCAUGGCAUUUUGUUGGGCCGUAUCGUGUUAUCAAACUCCUGGUAUAUUGCCGUAUUUCUAUCCGGUAUUUUUCACCAGUAUGAUACUUCAUCGUUAUCAACGGGAUAUGGAACGAUGUCAACAAAAAUAUGGUAAUGAUUGGAAGAUAUAUUGUAAGAAGGUUCCAUACGCAUUUAUACCAGGUUUAAUCUAA